ACUAACACACUACAGCCCACAAAGACACACACACUCCAGCAAAGUACAACUCUUUACACAGUAAACCUAACCGCUGCCAAACAUAUUCCUUUAACUACAGUAGCAAACUAAUGCAUAAUUCUUGAAGAUUUUUUCGAAAAGCCAUACCAUGCCAGCAAAUACACACAAAGUCACACAAAGUCCUUCACAGGUAAAUGCAAACUGUUUUCAUCAACAACUGCCCAAGUCAGCUGCAAUAUAACAUUUAAACACAUGCAUAGACAAACAUAUCUUUGUCCAUAGUCACGCCUGUACAGUAAAGCAAACUUCAACUUCCCUGUAAAGUUGUGAACAGCAACAAAGUCAUAAAUUCAAUAUUUUCCUGCCAAUUCAAUCAACUCAUGCAUCCCCGUCUUGAGUCGUCCUGUUAAUUUCUGUUGGUACAUAGGCUGGAUAACCGUAUUAACAAAGAGAUUAGCGAUUAGUCCUUCAAUUGCUGCUCUGCUCUGCUCUGCUCUGCACCUCUCUCUCAUUAAUAAACAUCUCACUAACACAAUGGACCUCACUAUCCACCCAAAGUCUCUCUCUCUGGGAAAGCGAGAGAGGGAGAAAGACACAGACAGAGGAGGGAAGAAAAAAAUAGGGAGACAGGGGACCCGUGGGUCAGCUAUUCAGGCAGUGGGCUUGAGCCUCAAGGAGGAAUGCAGCCAUAAGAGGUGCCAACACAGAGAAAGCAUCUGGCGGCGUUGCACUUCCAGGUUCAGAGGCAGGGGGCGGGAUGACACUGAGUCUAACACCGGCGCCGAGUCUCCACCGCCGCUGUGAAAGUCAGGAAAACCGCCGGAUUAUCUUUGGCCUGUGGAAAUUCUUGUAUUUUAAAACUGAAGGACUUCCAUCAUUUCUGGACUGUACAGGGACCAUUUUACUUUUACAACAUUCCUCAUUUCUACCAGUUGGUGACAGUAGUGAGUAAGAUGGAUUUAAUUGGAUUUUUUAAGUUCUGCUUUGAGGCAAUGUUGACUUCUAUUCAAAACAGUCCAUGCGGUGACCUACAAACUUGCCUGAAGGGCUCUACGCUUCUUGAUCUGCAGUCCUUUGCAAUGGAAUCAGAUGAACUGAAUGAUGACUGGCUGAAGGAAUAUAUCCUAUGGCAAAAGUUGGACAUGAGGAGUAAAUGGAUAAUAUCUGGAAUAUCUCAAACAAUGCAGGUUUCCACCGACUCCUGAUUUGAGAUCAGUAUCUGGGGUCAGCCAAGGUCACCACGAUGGUAACCUUCGCUGAAACCUCACAAGUGUCUCCGAUGGAGCUGUGUGAGCCGCCCUGCCUGACUGCAUCCUUGUCCCCAGGGCUGCGCAGGAAAAAGAAGCUGUGGCAAAGGGCAGUCAAGCACAUCAUUAUCCAGCAGGAACUCAGUGCCCAGGUGGGUGUGGAGCCAGCUCACAAAAUAUUUGUGACUGAUGCUUACAUGGAAGAGAUCAACAAACAGAUCCGCAACAAGGCCUCACGUGGGAUAACGAAACGGCGCUCCUCCUCACUGCGAGGCCACUCUUACCGGAGUUCCACCAGCACACACAGCAGCGUAGGGGGAACCUUUCACGACUAUGCCAGCGAUGCCGACUUCUUUGUGCACUGGGGCCACAUUAUUCGAGGCGUGUACAUACCCACACUGAGGCACAUCUUCAAGUCACGAGAUUUGGAGAAACUCUACCAGCAACACUCUUCUCACCAAAGACGGAACUCUUUAGCCAUCACCAGUAUUAUUGAUGCAGUAGCCAAGAUACACAUUUUAAUUCUGUACCUGGCCCUGGCCCCUGAGGCUGUCACAGACGUUCUGCGCGGCUUCCUGACAAGCAUCUUCAUGAUGUUAGCAAUGGCACUGUGCAUUGUGGUGUUAACCUGUAAAGACUCCAUGUCUCCAAAGUGGCUUCACUAUGCUGGUGUGGCCAGCUGGUUGUCCCAGACCACACAGGUACUGGGCAGACUGGUGUACGGGCUGGAGAAGGACCCAUCUUGGUAUGUUUUGUUCACAUUGUUUGCCACAUACACACUGCUGCCGUUACCUCUGCUGUGGGCCAUGUGUGCUGGCUCCCUCACCUCAGUACUGCACCUGCUGGUGGAGAUAGCACAUUCCUACAAUGAUACUGUACUUCUGAGACAGGUGUUUGCCAAAGGCCUGCUGUAUCUGAGCAUGAACACAGCCGGCCUGUUCAUUCAUUACCUGACGGACCAUGCUCAGAGACAGGUUUUCCUGGAGACGCGGCGCUGCAUCGAGGGUCGCCUCAAAUUAGAGCAGGAGAACCAGAGACAGGAGCGCCUGGUGCUGUCAAUCCUGCCUCGCUUCGUUGCCUUGGAGAUGAUCGCUGACAUGAGCUCUCUGGAGGAUGAACUCAACCCUCAGGAGUUUCACAAGAUCUAUAUACACCAGUAUAAAAAUGUCAGUAUCCUUUUUGCAGAUAUCAAGGGGUUCACUGAAUUAUCCAUGAACUUGUCAGCACAAGAUCUGGUUCGAACCCUCAAUGAGCUAUUUGGACGUUUUGACCGUUUGGCAGAGGAACAUCACUGCCUGCGGAUUAAGAUCCUGGGAGACUGUUAUUACUGUGUGUCAGGGGUCCCUGAGCCGUCAUGCCAUCAUGCUCGUCAUUGCGUUGAGAUGGGCCUGGCUAUGAUCAACACCAUAGGGUAUGUACGGAAGCAGCUGAAGUUUAACAUGGACAUGAGGAUUGGGAUCCACUCUGGCUCUGUCCUGUGUGGGGUGCUGGGUCUCCAGAAAUGGCAGUUUGAUGUCUGGUCCUGGGAUGUGGGCAUUGCCAACAUGCUGGAGGCAGGGGGUAUACCAGGACGAAUUCAUAUCUCACGGGCGACUUUGGACUGCCUACAAGGCAUCUACAAGACAGAGGAGGGUCGAGGCCGCGACAGGAGCGAGUUUUUACGGAGAUACAACAUAGACACCUUCCUCAUAUGUCCUCCGGAGGAACUCAAUAAAGCUAAUCAUGCUCAGCCCCCCAAAGUCCAGAAAACCAAUCGAAACUGGAGCCCAGACAUACCUUUUGGGAACUUUACUGACAUGAACAGUAUCUUGGCCUCCUUUACAAAUGGCUCAUUGCCCAACAUAUGGCAUUCCACCUCCAAAGAAAUUAAUAAACGAAUCAAGCAUGCAAUUGAGGUUCGCAGCAGUGUGCUUAUGCACAAACAGCACAUUACUCCACUUACGCUGGUGUUCAAAGACACACACAUUGAGGACAAGUUCUCACAGAUGAGAGAUGAAAUGUUCAACUCCAACUUGGCGUGCUCCUUCAUCAUGCUCCUCUUCCUCAUGGCUGCCCAGGCUGUUAUCCCGGCGCCCAGGAUGUUCCCAGCAAUCCUCCAGUUUUCAGUCUUUUUAUUCGCCUACAUGCUGCUGCUUUUUUUGGCUCUGGCUGAAGAGUUUAAAUGGACUCCUACGGCAGUGCAACAGUUCUGCUGCUGGAUCCAUGAAAACAACAGUGCCCGUAACCUACUCACCCUCACUGCCGUCAUUCUCAACUUUGGCCUGGCCUCCACUGAUAUGAUUUGGUGCAUUCUCACAGACACAGGAGAGGCUAAUCUAAUAGACAACACCAACACAGCAUUACCUCCACUCACCCUCUGCACAUACCCUGAGCUCUUUGUACUGAGCAGCGUAAUCGCCAUGGUGACCUGUGCCGUGUUUCUGCGUCUGAACUCUCUGCUGAAGCUGGCGGUGUUGCUGCUUGCAGUGGUGGUCUAUUCCUACCUCAUCCACUUGGCCUUUCUCACACUUACACGCAAUGACAUUCAGCACAGGUCUCACUAUAUCAGAAGAAAAGGAGUCUCUAUCCUUGUCAUGGCCAUGUUUAUUGUGGCAGUCUACUACAAUGGACGGCAGUGGGAAGCCACUGCCAGACUGGACUUCCUGUGGCGUCUGCAGGCUCAGCAGGAAGUGGAGGACAUGAGAGAGCUGAGGGAACACAAUGAGUGUCUGCUGCACAAUAUUCUGCCUUUGCAUGUAGCGCGACAUUUCCUGGACCGGAGCAAAAAUGAUGAGGAGAUUUACUCCCAGUCUUAUGAUGAAGUGGGGGUCAUGUUCGCCUCCAUCGCUGGAUUCAAUGAAUACUUUGAGCAGAAAGAGAUAAAACAUGAGGGAGUCGACUGCCUCCGACUGCUGAAUGAGAUCAUCGCUGGUUUUGAUGAGUUGCUGGAGGAGUCGUACUUUCACUAUGUGGAGAAGAUUAAGACCAUUGGAAGCUGUUACAUGGCAGCGUCUGGCUUGGCUCCAGACCAACAGACAUCUAUGGAUGAGUGGAACCACCUGAGCGAGCUGGUUUUGUUUGCGCUGGCAAUGCAAGAGACUUUAAAAGAGCUUAACAGGCACUCAGCCAAAAACUUUCAGCUCCGUGUAGGUAUCGCCCAUGGACCGGUGGUUGCCGGGGUGAUCGGUGCAACUAAGCCGCAGUAUGACAUCUGGGGGUCAACGGUGAACCUGGCCAGCCGUAUGGACAGCACCGGGGUCAGCGGGCGCAUUCAGGUACCUGAGAACACGCGCAAAAUCCUGGCAGAGUGGGGUUUCAUCCUGGAUCUGCGUGGAGAAAUCUUUGUGAAGGGGGUGAGUGAACGCCAGGGCAAAGUGCGAACCUAUUUCAUCAGCACCAUUCGCAGUAAGAGGGCCAACUCCGGAGCAGAUGUCCGCAUGGGGGGGCGGACGGAGGGGCGCAUGACCCUGGCGGCGGUGGUGUUCGGCCUCGUCCAGGCCAGACAGCGGGAGAAGAUGAGGGAAACCAACGGGGGGUUCAGCCUGAACCCCUGCAGCCUUCAGUGCUGAGAUGAGUGGAAGCAGAGGAGAGCAUCAAUCCGCCAUAUUGUUUCAUCCUCUGUUCCCGUCUUUGCCGUGACAAAUCGCAUCCUAACAGAGCCUUUUUCCUUCCAUGACCUUGUUCUCCUCAGCUUUCAGUCAUCAAAGAAGCCAUUUUUUGGAAUACUGUAUGUUCUAACAGUCGAAACACGGACAAACGCUUCUAUAAUUACAUGCUAUGUUCUUACCCCUGCACAGAUAGGCCUGUAUAUCUACACUGUCACCCAUAAAGUUGGAAUCAUUUUAUUUCCAGACACAUUCCUCUGUUUAAUCCCAUUUACACACAGCAGUAAUCACCUUUGACCUUUUGUACGAGUCCCGGUUUCACUUUAUCUAAGAGGAAUAAAUCACAGUGUCACAAUCAUCUCAUGAGAAGACGUAAAAAUAUUUUAUUCCAACUUCAUCUGUAACAGUAAAUAUGGUCUUACAGGACUUUUUUAACCCAUAAAGACC